CUUCUAUACAUUUUUCAGAAUUUCGACUAUGCUGUACCUCGAAAACGAGUUGGGGGCUCAACAAUGAAAACUGCCAAAGUCUGGCGGUUUUUCGACGAAUUGCCAACACCGGAGCAGGCAGCCGAGUGCCGACUGUGUCGGAAGAAAAUAAAGGCCACCAACAGCAGCACUACUGGGAUGAUACGACAUCUGCGAAGUUGUCAUGUACAAGAAUAUCAGCAAGUGCAAGAAGCACGUCAGUCGACACUCAUUCUGAAAAUGGGUAGGAGAAUUUCAACAUUUGUGUCCAAGAAUCUCCUUCUCCCAACUUUCUUGGUAUGGUUUCUACUCCAAACACUACGUAGAUUGCGAAUUGUGGAUAACUUAGAACUUAUCCUGAGGGGCUUGCUUGGUCUUAUCGGGUAG